AUGAUACAAUUUGAAGAAAAUGCAACCGGAGUAAAUAGAUUUAAAAAUAGAGGUGGUCAAUUGCUGCAAGAAGAAAAAGAACGCAAUAAACUCUCUAAAGUAAUACCUCAACUGGAAGAACAAAUGUUGAAUCUGUCUGGAGCGUUUUUGGACCGUAAAACUAAGCUGAGCGCUCGGAAAUUGCAACGUUGUGAAACAACUCUUCGCACUCCAGGUAAAUCUUGUAUGAGCCUAUUUCCACCAUCCACCAGUAAGUGUACUACAGUUAAGUUACCCCAAAAACGAUUGCGUCCGCUUCCAAAAAGAAGAUAUUUGCCACGCCUACUACGGAGAAUACUGCAAAGAGGCCUAAGGCAACACCUGCGACUGUUGGUUCGAAAACGAAAGGCACGCCAAGAGUGAUUCCCAAAAUCAAGGUUACACAUCAUACUAUGUCACUGCCCAAACAGCGCAGGUCACGUUCAUUCCAGGAAACGGAAACAGAAACGGAAACGGGCCCUCAGGCAAAGUAGGGGUGCUCAAAAUGAAAAUGUGGUUCCUGAUCCAAAUGAAACUAAGGAUACAACAUACCACGACUUUCAGAGCAACUUGUCAAAUAAAGGACAAUCUACGCGCAGCACCAUCUUGCCAACUGAACCAACUCCAUCAACUUCCUCAAAAGCUACUUAAAGAACACCUGAAAAAACUAUACCACUUUCUAAACUCCAACCAGGACUCCAGCAUCUGCAAAAACUCCUUCCUCUAGGACCCCUACUGGGACUAAAAAUGAAACCAAGCUCGCUGUGUGCAAGAGUAAGUUACUGUUGU